AAAAAUGAAUGGUGGAAUACGUUUAUUAGAGCUAAUAUUUCUUUUAAUUGUCAUGCUUUUCUUCUAUACUGAAGUCGAUUCUAUUAUGCUCAUGCCUGGUCGAGGACAACCUAGACGUUCAGUUCCUGCUAAUGCUAAAGGUGCCAUGCUUCGGUUCGGAGCAAACACCGCUAAUUAA